AUGGGUAUUAAAGUUAUGGUUACAAUCAAGGAGCGGUUAGGGGACUUGUGGCCUGAACAGGGCCUCAAUUACGAAGUCGUGAUGAUUAAAUUGAUGGAGAUCAAAUCCGAGCUCAUGGAUGCGCUUGUGAAAAAUGAGGAAGAUAGGGAGGUAUUCUUGAAAUAUUGGCCGUUUGAUUGCUGA